GCGAAUCCGGCGAGUGGAAGAUGACGUGGUGAAGUCAGUUAGCAUGGAGGCUAGCAGAUAGACACUCGGUUAUAACUCACAGGUAAAUACACAGAAAUGAAGAAAAGAUGAAGAAUUCGGAAUUAUCUGAAGACCUGAGGACAUUAAAGCGCUCGCGGGAUGAUGGACAUUAGUUUGGGUUAGUUAGGAGUUUUCCAGAAGAGUAACAGAUGUGUCCUGCGUGUGAAAUCCCCUCAGAGGUGUGUGUGUGAGAGAGACGUAAGAGCGUUCAUCUGUCUGUCUUCCCCGUGGGAUUCAUCAUGUUCGCCAAGCUGAAGAAGAAGAUCGCGGAGGAGGCGGCGACCGCCACGCCACGCCCUGGACGCCUGCCCCGCUCCUACAGCAAAGAGUCCAUCACCUCAGUGGGAGCCGACUCUGGAGAUGACUUUGCAUCAGAUGGCAGCAGCUCCAGAGAUGAUCUCUCCUCUCAGAUCCUGCGCCGAAACGAUCAGAUUCGCAAGCUGGAGGCCAGGUUAUCAGACUACGCUGAACAGCUUCGGCUAAUGCAGAAGACGAAGGAGAAGCUUGAGAUUGCAUUAGAGAAGCAUCAGGAUUCGUCCAUGCGGAAACUACAGGACCAGAAUGAAAACUUCCAGGCUAACAGAGCCAAGAUGGCAGAAGGCAUGGCCUUAGCGCUGGAGAAGAAGGAUCAGGAGUGGAUGGAGAAGAUGGCUGCAUUGGAGAAGGAGAAGUCCUCGUUAGCAGCUCGUCUGGAACAGAGUCUGAGUUUGUUCCAGAAGAGAGACGAGCAGGACGAGCUCGAGGGCUUCCAGAUGCAGGAACUGGCCAAAGUCAAGCACAUGCUGUUGCGUAAGGAGGAGCAGCUGAGUCAGAAGGAACGAGAGCUGAAGCUGAGAGGAGAGGAGCUGAACACGGCCCGCAUCACGCUCACUCGCACUCAGGAUAAACUCUACGAGCUCGGGGAGGAGCACGAGGAAACCCGCAGCGUCAACGCGCAGCUACGAGCUCAUAGAGACAAGCUGCUGAGUGAGAAAGAGGAAGCUGAAAGGAGGAUCUCCGACCUGGAGGCCAGAGAAGAAGAGCUCCAGCAGCUCAUCCAACAAGUCUCUGAGGAUUUCCAGAAGGCUCAGAGAGAGGCGAGAUCUUUACAGAAGUCCAUGGAGUCUCUACAGUCUGAACACGACGAGCUGAAACUGCAACACGAGCAGCACAAGGGCAAGGCUGCUGUGACGGAGGAGGAGCGAGAGCGGCUUUUGGCGAACCUUCAGGAGAAAGUUCUCUCCCUGGAACGAAGGCUGGAGGCCAAUCUGUCUCAGGACGAACAUCUGCAGGAGCUGCUCAAGGAGAAAUCCUCACUGGAGCAGAGGUUAGAGGAGGCCAGAGGAGAGCUCCUAGAGGAACGGACCAAUCACACGACAGCAGUGAGCUCGCUGGAGGCACAGAUUUCCAGGCUGAACACUAACAUGUCCGAGCUCCAGACGCUGCUGAGACACAAAGACGACUCGUCCAGGUCCUACAGGGAGAGAACGGACGCACAGAUAGCUGAUUUGGAGCAGAGGCUAAACGACUCCAGCGAGAGGCUGAGGAGUUUGGAGGCACAGCUGGAGGAGAAAAAGACACAAAGAGAACAAUUGCAGGCAGAGUGGGCGAAGGAACGGGAAAGGUUGCAGCAGCAGGUCUCCACGCAGAGGCAGAGAGGACUGGAGAAAACCGCCAAGCUGGAGGAGGAGAUGCUUGCACUGCAGAGAGAGAGGGAGGCGGAGAUCAGCUCACAUCAGGACAACAUGAGGUUACUCGAGGAGCAGAAGGCCUCCCUGUUGAAGGACAGAGCAGAAAUGGAGAACACAGUACAGAAGCUCAGCUUAGAACUCGAGAACUCCAAAUCUGAGUUAAACAGCAGGCAGACGGUGAGCGUGGAGAUCGCGAAAGCUCUGGAAGAAACCCGGAAGCAGAGAGAAGAGCUCCAACAGCAGGUCAACAAGAUGUCCGAGUCCGCGCACAGGGCGGAGCAGGAAGUGUGUCGGCUCUCUGAGCAGGUGGGCGUGAAGGAGGCGGAGUUAAGCAGUUUAAGAGAAGAGCUGCAGACGGCCCUCUCUGGUCUGUCCUCACUGCAGGCGGAGUGUGAGGUGCUGCAUACAGAGGCAGAGGAAAAAGAAGCUCAGAUCGAAUUGCUGCGGCAGGAAAUCCUCACACACACUCAGCAUGCUGACACAAAUCAGUCUAAGGAGAGUGAUGCACAGGGCGAGGUAGAAAGUGUGAUGGCACAGCUGCAGGACGAGGAGGUGUGUGUGAGUGAACAGAACGGCAGCGUCACCGCAGGCGAUGUGGACGAGCUGCAGAAAGCAAACAAAGAGUUAGAGCAGCAGCUUAGCGAGAAAAACAAGACGAUAAAGCAGCUGCAACAGAGACUGGCCGAGCUGAAGAGGACACUACAGAAAGAGCUGAAACUUAAACCGGACGCUGACUCGGAGAGUAAGGAGAAGCUCCAGGAAGGGAAGCCCACCUCAGAGGCCCCGGUUCUGUCCGCCGCUUCUACUCCAGCCCUCGGCUCCGGUCCAGGCCCAGGCCUCACCACACACCCGUCCCAGAUAAAGGUGACGAACAGCUCGGACCUGACGGACACACGGGAGAUCAACUUCGAGUACCUGAAACACGUCGUGCUCAAAUUCAUGUCAUCUAGAGAGGCAGAGGCGUACCAGCUGAUCAGAGCCGUCUCGGUGCUGCUGCAUUUCACACGUGAAGAAGAAGACAUGCUCAAGCAGACGCUCGAGUACAAGAUGUCGUGGUUCGGCUCCAAGCCCACACCCAAAGGCAUCGUCCGGCCCUCCAUCUCAGGGACCCCAAGCAGCUGGAUGUGAGAGGACGAGAGAACGAGCCAGUGAGGUGACGUGGGCUCGCAAGGAAAAUAAAUAAAUAAAUAUAAAUAAAUGAAAUAAAUAAAUCAAUGGAUGGUUCCAGGCAUUCAUGGAGCGGAGGGAAGUUCCAUAUGUUAGUCUCCCCUGGGAAAACGGAUAGUCUUCUCUUCUGGGGGCUUUGAAUCAACCGAGCUUCUCGCCGUUCCUCCAGAGCGCUUCGUCUCGCUACCUGGGGACCUUUACAAAACAAAACUGGCUUUAUUUCCCCCUGAGGAGUUUGCACGCUGUGUAAACUUCAUAAUAAUAAUAAGAACUGGAAUUUCUCUUCCUGAUUCAUUUUGCUCCAUGAAAGCUUCCCUGGGAAAACGAUGACAAAGCAGAGAUGGUGCAUGGACUCAACACUGAGGAAGCAUCUUCCCUUUACCUGCCCUGUGUAUGUGUAAAUUUACCACGAAGCACAUUCCGUACGUCUAUUUAUAUACUGAACUGUACAUAACUAACGUUUAUAAAAAUCAUCGGGUGUACAAUUUAUUCAGAGAUUUUUCGCAUUAACGCAUAUCACGUAAGGAACGUCCGUGGAGUGGAGGGGGCGGGGCCUGGGACUGCAGCGGUGCAGUAUUAAUGCGAGUGUGCAUGCCUUGUGCUCGACUCAUGAGGUUUUAACAUGGUGUUAAAGGCCAGAGGGAAUCUCUAAACUGGAUAUUUAUCUAUUGCAAAGCGGUUAUUUAUAACAUUUGUAACGAGGUUCUGCGUUAUCCACCACGUCAGUGACGCAGGAACACGGAGUGUAGGGAUGCACCGAUCUGGAAUUUUCUCGCUCUUUAUAUUAUCAGGAUUUCAGGCUUUUUUCUUUGUGUACUGAAGCACUUAAUUAUUUGAUCAUUUUCCUGUCUUUUUUCUUUCUUUCUUUCUUUCAAAAAAUCUAAAUUUAAUGAUUUAUAAAUUAUUAAAAAAAUUUUGCUGCUUUUUUUUAUUCAAUUUCCUAAAAUGAAUCACAAUUCAUUACAUUACUAAUUAAUAAAUAAUUAAUCAAAAGUAAUAAUAAUUUAUAGUAAUAAUAAUAAUAAAGUUAAAUUAUAUGCAUGGCCCUGAAAAUGAUUAAGGUUUUUUUUUUUCUGCCACAAAAACAAACAGAUAAAUAAAAUAAAAUGUAUAAUUUUUUUUAUUGAUCUUAAAAUCACAUAAUUGUCAUAUAGAACCUUAUUAUUAUUAUUAUUAUUAUUAUUAUUAUUAUUUACAGUUUAUCACAAAUCACGAUUUCUGUACGUAGGAAUGUUUAAUUUCCGUUUAUGAUUCAGUAGAAAUGCUCUCAGAGGCGGGGCCAAACGCAUGAGGUCAGCAGGGGGCGUGGCGUAAAAAGAAGCUCUGCCAGUCCAGUUGUGGCUCCAGAUCGAAAACUGUGUCGAAAUUCCUGCAUGAUGUGACGCACAAGCGAAAAUCCUGAAGAGCGAUUCGAAUGAAAACGUAUGAAAUUUGGCGAUUUAUUCACGUAAGAAGAUUUAGGAAGUUCUCGUUUGUUUUUUUUCUUGUAAAGUGCAAUUAUUAGUGUUUUAUAUAUAACUUUCAGUUUGCAUAUCAGACACGACCCGGAGGGUUUCAUCCUCACGGCGGUCCGAAAGCCAGUUCAGAUUGGAUCGGUGCAUCCCUACAGAAAUAUUCCAGAUGACAGGUUUGGGUUGGAUGAAUUUCAGGUCCUGGAAUUCCAUUCAUAAUCCAGUCCACUGAGGGAUUUCAGCUCCGUUGGAAUUUUCAAUAUUCCGUGUGACGUCUAUCCCUGAAUUUGUUUUCUUUUUAAACUUUCUGAGCUUGGCAGAUCAACAGGAAAUGGUUUAUUUUAUCAAUCAUUCAAUCAGCCUCCACAGCUGUGUGUGUGUGUGUGUGUGUGUGUGUGUUUCACCUGAUCAGGUGUGAGCAGUGUUCCGGUUGAACUAAAUUCAUCAUCAUUAUGCACUUUGUUUUGGUUGGGGUCGUAAUCCCUGCUCAUUCUCCGAGUUAAUGAAGUACCACUACACGUCUGAUUUCCAACACUCUGUCAAGAAACUUGAAUAAAUUAUCUUUUUGAUUUUCA